AUGGCGGUAAUCUGGGGUCUCGACAUGAAGGAGAUGCAGUGGGGCAAGUUCAAGUCUGGCUACAUGUGGAACAACACGUACCACAACCGUCGGACAAAGUUCAUCAUCUACCAACUCGCCAUGAUUCUCUGCGUUGUCAGUGAGAGUCUGGGAACGGCUGCGCUGUCUGACUACGUCGACCAGCAGAAGUUCGUCUCAAAGCUCGACCGUAACGUCAUGAUUCACAACAACAACUUCGUCGGCAUCGCAUCGUACAACAUCUUCGUCGGUAUCUUCGUCGCCACCAUCUUCGGUGCCGCCUUCUUCUUCGAUCUCUUCUGGCCUGAGCGACAAGAGUCGAGAGGCGUCAUCAACGCUUGGAAAGCUUGCUCAGUCUUUGCCUGCAUGCUUACGCUCUCCGACGCCCUUGCAUACACUUACAUCACCGCGAGCAAGAGUGCGCACCUAACCGGCACGGACUUCGAGCGUGGACAGGGCCUGUUGUCGCAGUUCAAGAAGGCUGGUGAGACUCCGCUCGCUUACAACAAGAAUGGGCGGGCGAUUGCUAGUGUUGUAUUCUUGUGGCCGGGCAUGAUCUUCACUUUUGCCAGCACAUAUCUCCUCUGGCACUCGCUGAACCACAUCGACAAGCUCGGAGUCUUCUCCGCACAUGCCCGUCAUCUUGAUGGCGCUCAAGAUGGCGCAGAGCCCGAACCGAAAGGCAACGCCGUAUAG